AUGACAGACCCAAACCACUACCCUCUCCUAAUCCUGGGGUCCGGCGAAGCAGGCAAAUACCUCUCCUGGACCCUCUCUCCUCACUACUCCCGCGUCGCCCUAAUAGAAAGCAGCUACCUAGGCGGUUCCUGCCCAAACAUAGCCUGUCUACCCUCAAAGAACAUAAUCCACUCCGCGUCUAUCAUCCAUGAAGCCUCUUCAUCCAAUCUACUCGCUUCACAAAUGAAGAUUGAUAUGCAAACCAUCCGCCAGCGAAAACGGGAUAUGGUUGCUGGCUUGCAAGAAGUGCAUCGAAGCAGAUUCGCGGAGAGUAAAGUAGAGGUGAUCUGGGGACGCGGUGUUUUCGUCGGGGAGAAGAGUAUCGAAGUUGAUACCGCGGAGGGGAAGAGGCUUGUAACAGCAGAUAAGAUCGUAAUCUCCACAGGAAGUCGAGCGAGAAUUGAAGAUAUUCCCGGCUUAAAAUCCGCGAAACCACUUACACAUAUCGAGAUCAUGGAAUUAGAUAUCGUGCCUGAGCAUCUGAUUAUCCUGGGCGGAGGAUACAUCAGUCUAGAGUUUGCGCAGGCGAUGAGGCGGUUUGGUGCGCGGGUUUCGGUGGUGGAGAGGAAUGAAGGGAUCUUGAAAAAUGAGGACGGAGAUGUAGUUGUUGCUUUGAAGGGAGUGUUAGAGGGCGAGGGUGUUAGGUUUUACACCUCUGCUGUUGUGGAGGAGGUUUCUGGGAUUUAUGGAGAAUCGGUGAUGAUGAAGGGAACGAUAUCUGGAAAGCCGUUUGAGCUGGAAGGAUCUCAUAUUCUUUGCGCGACUGGACGUGUACCGAAUACUACUGGCAUUGGUCUGGAAGAAGCAGGUAUCCAGCUCGAUCCCAGAGGGUUCAUCAACACCGACGAAAGGCUCGAGACGUCAAGUUCUGGCGUAUACGCAGUCGGAGAUUGUGCCGGAUCACCACAAUUCACUCACGUAGCAUUCGAUGACUUCCGGAUAGUCAAAGACGCACUUCUCGGUAAAUCCACCAUACCAAACAGGAAGAGUGGACGGCAGAUCCCCUUUACGCUUUUCACAGUCCCAGAAUUCGCUCAUAUCGGACUUCGACAGCGCGAAGCAAAAGUUCAGGGAAUCGAAUACCGGCUAGCGAAAUUGCCAAUGGGUGCUUUCUUGAAAACCAGAACUUUGGGACAGACGACAGGAUUCGCAAAGGCGUUGAUAGGUGAUGAAGAUGAGAUUUUGGGGUUCACAGCGCUUGGUGUCGGCGCAGGAGAGUUGUUGCCGGUCGUCCAGUUGUGUAUGAAGAUGAACCUGAAGUAUACGGAUAUUGCGGAUCUGAUCAUUACACAUCCGACGUUAAGUGAAGGAUUGGUGUACCUAUUCCAGAAAGUACCUGCGAAGGCUUCAUGA